AUGCCCACCCCCGACGACGACCCCUCCUCCGAGACGCCGUUCGCGCACGAGUCCGACACCGCGGAGCCAGAGGAGGCGUCGUGCUCGUGGGACGCGUUCCAGACCUCGAUCCUCCCCCCCCACGGCCGCCUCCCCUCGCGCGCCUCCUCGAACGACCGCGCCAUCCCGCCCGCGAAUUUCGCCGUCCACGUCAACGGCGCCGCGUGGGCGGGGUGGGUCCGGCAGUCCUCACCCGCGUGCGCGGCCGCGUCCGUCGCGGGCGCGUGGAACGCGCUCGCGUUCGGCGGGAGGCACGCGUCGCGCGCGGUGCGCCAAGACGACGUCGUCGCGCACCUCGAGCGAUGCCUCGAAGAGCAGAUCCGACAGAAGCGCGCGCGGUUCGAGCGGUUGCUGGGCGCGCCGACGGACGAGUUCGAGGCCGAGCUCGACGCCGCGAUCGCGCGCGACCCGAGCGGGAAGACGCUCGGCGGGCGGAGUAAGAUAGACAAGGGCAUGAAACGAGCGGACGUGAUGCGCGUCGUCGUCGACGUCGCGAAGGAGCACGGAACGCGCGAGCUGGACGCGCGCGACGCCGCCGUCGAAUCAGCCGCCGCCGCCGCCGCCGCCGCCGCCGCCGUGCGAGAGACGAUCGACGAGGCCGCCGAGGACGGCGAGCCGCCGCCGCCGCCGCCGCCGCCGGACCUCUCCAGAGUACCGAAGAUGUCCGCGUUCGGCCUCAUCGCGGCGCUCGUGCGCGAGGACGAGGCUCGGGCCGCGGCGGCGGCGAAGGAGGAGGAGGAGGAGGAGGAGGAGGAGGAGGAGGACGACGACGAGGACGAGUCCGCGAACGACGAGAACGCGGAGGACGCGAACGCGGAGACGGGUGCCGCUGGCGACGCGAAGACCGCGCCCGGCGCGGUGGACGAGGACGCCGCGCUGCUCGCGUCGCUCGCGGCCGGGAUAGAAAUGAAUUCGGGAAGGGGUGGCAAGGGGAAAGGAGGUAAGAAGAAGCCCCCGAGUCGGUUCGCGAAGAUGAACAAAAAGUUUCUCGCCGGUUUCGGCGGCGCGGAGUUGGCGGAGACCGCGAACGAUGCGGGCGGUGGUAGAGUAACGACACAUGCUGAUGCGUUACCUCCCGACCACCCGAGCGCAGCAGCAGCAGCUGCAGUCGCCGUCGCCGCGGAGACGGAGAUGCCGCCCGCGAAACCGAAACGGUGGACCUGGCGCAAGGACCUCUGCGAGCUCCUCAAAAAACGCGGCGGGCUGGAAAAACUCCGACGCGACAAGCCGAGCACGGGCGAGUUCGGGAACUGGGGCAUCAUCGAGGCGAUGCGGCGGGUAUCCGCGCACGCCGCGCUCGCGGCGUCGGAGGACGUCGACGCGCCGCCGGCGCCACAGGUCUCCGUCCGCGUCGCCGUCGGCGCGAAGACGAAGCUCCGUAAGGGUUUAGACGUCGUCGUGCGCGCGAGAGGGGACGAGGAAGAGGAAUGGGAGAAGCUUCGCGCGCUCUUCGCGCGCGACGACACGGUGCUCAUCUUCCACUUGAAGAACCACUACGCGCUGAUAUACGCCCUGCGCGAGUCCACGGUCUUCGAGGAGGGCGACGAGGUCGACGGCGGCGGCGGCGGCGGUGGCGGUGGCGGCGGCGGGGACGACGUCUCGUCGGCGUCGGAGCGCGCCGCCGUCGUCGUCGGCGGGCGACGGCGGCGGCGGGUUCGCGAGCUCCUCACCGCGCGACGCGGCCAGCGCCCGACCGCGUGGGUGCCCUGGUCCGAGGCGCGGGAGACGAUGCUGCGGUGGACCGGGUACGGGAUCUUAGCCGCGAGCGUGAAGCGAUAG